GGGGGGGGCUGCGAGCUGGUUGUGUAUUGCAAUGAUUUUGUCGUUGAAGGAUAGAAAUGAGUUGCAUUUGCUGGUGGUGAAGGAGGUGGAGAUGGUGUCCAUGGGCUUAAGGAGUUUGUUGAUGGCGGAGAAAAGCGUUUUGGGAUUGUUGGAGCCAGAUUGGAUGAUGGAGGAGUAGUGAGAGGAGCGAGCGGUGUUCAGGGCAUCUUUAUAUUGUUGUUGGUGGAGUUUGAAGGCAUCAAGGUGAACAGUAAGUCCAGUUUUGUUGGCAAGACGUUCCAGUUGACGGCCCUGCACUUUGAGGAGGCGAAGUCGGUCAGUGUACCAGGGGGCGGAGUGGGUGAAGGAGAUGAGUUUGGAUUUUUUUGGGGGUGAUGACGUCAAGACAGGAGGAGAGUGCAUCAUUAUAGUACUUGACCAGGGCAGUGGGGGAGGCAGUCGAAAUGGGGGCAGAGACAGUGGCAGCUAAGGUGGAGGAGAGCGAGGGGAUGUUGAGUUGAUAGAUCCAGCUACCUAUCCUCCCCUACAGCUUGAUGCAGCAGGUGUUAUUAGCUUCAUGGAGGAAGGGGAUCUGAACCUCUCUAAUGUCAGUGUGUGUCUGUGAUAUGGCAGUAGCACUCAAAUAUUUGGAGCUACCGAGUUUAUUGUAACUUUUUGGGAGACUAAAAUAUGUCUUAUUCAGCGUUCUGUUGUACUUAGCUUCACCCUCUCGUGUCAUUUCUGGUUGCAAAAAACCAAGAUGGCGACGGCCAAAAUGUUCAGACUCAAGGCUUCAGAACCAAAGUCCACAUGCCAUUGGGGGACAUCGCAGAGACUACGUCCACUUAGUUUAUACAGUCUAUGGUCAUGGCCCUGCCUUCUGACCACAUUUUAGAAAAAAAAACAACUUUUUUUAAAGUUCCUCUUAAUUUUUGGAUCAAGCCAAAUUGUUGACAUAUGUUGGGAUUUUAAUGUGACAAAUAAUUCUUCUCUUAUCUUACAAAAUUAUGCAAUUUUUUUGUGAAUGGGGCAUCCUGUCACUUUAUAAUAUUUUCUGAUAUCUGAUGUGCACACAGUAACAAAAACAACAACCAUGCCGCACCAGAGCUCUAACCCCGGGCUAAACAAGACCAGAUGUGAGCAAGGAACAUGGUCUCUUUAUUCCCUCGUGCCGUGGGUUUGCUCGUGGGGCAGGACAAAUUGAUCUCAGAGAGAGCUAUUUGAAAACUAUUGUGGAGUGCACUUUGUUCCUCAAGGCAAUUCUUCUUUCUCUCCUGCUCUCUCUUUUUCUUGCUCCAUGUAGUAAAAGCUAAGACAAGUGAAUACUCCGAGAUGUUGUGACCCAGUUAUUGAGGACUGGACUGCCUGAUCCAUUUAGUCCUCAUGUGGAUGCUGACGUGUGCAGCUAAGGUAGAAAGUGGAAAGAUGAAACUAGAGUGAGUGUGAUGUAGAAACAAGUCCAACAGUCAAAGCCCUACAAGCUGCCUUGCUUUGUUCAUCACAGCUCAUCAAGGUUUUGGAGAAAAAUUGACAGCUCACUACUGAUCUCACUACUCUUGUCAUACCUUACCUGUAGUGAGGUUGAAAGUAUAAAGAUUGUCAACAACAUGAGUAGAAAAGUUCCAAAGUUUCUGAAAUGAAGAAGGGUUAAUCGUCUGUAGAGCGUAGGGUUUUUCUGUAAAUUCCGCAGUUGUCUGCCCUGAAAGAUUUUGAUAUUUGCCGCACAUAGGUGAAACGUUUGUCAGGAUGGUGCCUCUCGUGGAAAAGAUCAGCUUGCUGGAUUACUUAUUCUUAAGGUACUUUUGAGCAUAUCUCUGGUAAUUGCAAGAUUAACAGUGGUGCUUUUGUUUUGUUUCUUGUUGAGAAACUCAGAUCUUUGGAUUAAAUCAACAAACCGCUUACUCUACAAAAUCUUUUAUCAGUGUUUGGCGACUGAGAAUUUCAUUGGUCGUGGACAGCCCUAAUAUCUUGUCAUGGAGGAGUCUCUAUCAAGGAGCACUUUUGACCUGAUGGUCAGCGCUACGGGAAAAGUAGUUUUGUUGGAUUGCUCCAGGAAACGUCAAGGCAUCACCAUAAUCAUUACGACUCAUGAUCCGAGGUAGAUCUCUGAAAAGCCCUCCGCAUCGCUCAAGGAGUUCUUUAUUAAUCCCUCAUUCACUUUAUACACUCUGCUGUUAAAAACACUCACACGCAUGCACACACAGGACUAGGGGUGGGACUGUGUAGGAUUUUAGCACGGGUUGCGAACAAGCAGUUGGGGGUGUCGGUGCCUUACUUAAAGGCACCUUGGCAGUGUGGUAGGCAGGGUUACAAAAGUGGACCAAAUCUUGCCACAUAUCUAGCUUGCUACAUAGUUACAUUAAUGGAACGAUAUGAAUAUAACAACAAAACACAAACACAGGCUGAAUAAAUGGACUGAAAGUCAUGCUGACAUUGUCAUACACUACAGGAGCAAGGAUAUAAACAGACAUUUGAUGUUUGUGUAAGUUUCAAUAUGCAAGUCAUUCUAAAGUGACUCCAUCUGUCUUUGUGUCCACCCACAGGAGCAAGAGGACCCCAACAAGCUGGCCACCAGCUGGCCCGACUACUACAUCGACCGCAUCAACUCCAUGGCUGCUAUGCAGACCCUGUUUGCCUUCGAUGAGGAGGAAAUGGAAAUGAGAAACAAGGUGGUGGAAGAUCUAAAGACAGCACUUCGGACUCAGCCGAUGAGGUUCGUCACACGCUUCAUCGAGCUUGACGGCCUCACCUGCCUCCUCAACUUCCUGCGCAGCAUGGACUACGAGACGUCCGAGAGCCGAGUCCACACCUCCGUCAUCGGCUGCAUCAAGGCUCUGAUGAACAACUCGCAGGGCCGCGCGCACGUCCUUGCCCACCCGCAGAGCAUCAACACCAUAUCGCAGAGCCUGCGGACGGAGAACAUCAAGACCAAAGUGGCGGUGCUGGAGAUCCUCGGGGCGGUGUGCCUGGUGCCCGACGGCCACAAGAAGGUGCUGCAGGCCAUGGCGCACUACCAGAAGUACGCUGCAGAGAGGACCCGCUUUCAGAUGCUGCUGAAUGAGCUGGACAAGAGCACAGGCCGCUACAGAGACGAGGUCAACCUAAAGACUGCCAUCAUGUCCUUCAUCAACGCUGUGCUCAACGCCGGAGCCGGAGAGGACAACCUUGAGUUCCGCCUCCACCUGAGGUACGAGUUCCUGAUGUUGGGCAUCCAGCCGGUCAUCGACAAGCUCCGGGAGCACGAGAACGCCACUCUGGAUCGGCAUUUGGACUUCUUUGAGAUGGUGCGGAAUGAGGAUGACUCCGAGUUGGCCAAAAGGUUUGAUACGACCCACGUAGAUACUAAGAGUGCUGGGGCCAUGUUCGAGCUGAUCAAGAAGAAGCUGAGCCACACAGACGCCUACCCCAACCUCAUCUCCAUCCUCCAGCACUGCCUGCAGAUGCCCUAUAAACGAGGCGGUGGCAGCCUGCAGCACUGGCAGCUCUUAGACCGGAUCCUCCAGCAGUUAGUCCUCCAGGACGACAAGGGAGAGGACCCGGACGCCGCCCCUCUGGACAACUUCAGCGUGAAGAACAUCAUUCGCAUCCACGGCUUCCACCGAUCCUCAAGGUUGGUCAAUGAGAACGAGGUGAAGCAGUGGCGCGACCAGGCAGAGAAGUUCAGGAAAGAUCACGUCGAGCUGCUGGGUAAACUAGAGCGGAAGGAACGAGAGUGCGAGACCAAGACCCAGGAGAAGGAGGACAUGAUGAAGACUUUGAACAAGAUGAAGGACAAACUCCAGCGCGAGGGAGUGGAGCUGCGCUCAGCCAAGGAGCAAGUCCAGGACCUGUCCUCGCGCAUUAAUGACGUUUCUGGCAUCAGUGUUUCUUUCCCGCCUCCUCCUACUCCCGGCGGCCCCACGGCUCCGCCUCCACCACUUAUGAUGGGCUUUCCUCCGCCUCCUCCUCCGCUACCGUUCAGCUGCCCACCUCCUCCGCCACCUCCUCCUCCACUGGGAGCCCCUCCGAUUUUCGGAGCCCCGCCUCCUCCCAUUCCCUCUUCAUUCAACUCGGCGGCCAGUAUGCGCUCCAAAUCCAUCCCUCAGCCUUCACAUCCACUCAAGUCCUUCAACUGGGCCAAACUAGGAGAGAAUGUGAUCAACAGCACCAUCUGGAAUGACAUCGACGACCUGAGAGCUUUCAAGAUUCUUGACCUCAAGGACAUCGAGAAGAUGUUUUCAGCCUAUCAGAGACAGCAGGACCUGCUCACUAACCAAUCCUUCAAGCAGAAGGAGACAGGCUCUAUGGACGACAUAUACGUCAGCACGCGGAAGGUCAAAGAGCUGUCGGUCAUCGACGGCAGACGUGCGCAGAACUGCAUCAUCCUUCUCUCAAAGUUAAAAAUGAGCAAUGAAGAGAUCAAGAGGGCCAUCCUGGAGAUGGAUGAGAGGGAAGAGCUGGCCAAAGAUAUGCUGGAGCAGCUGCUGAAGUUUGUCCCAGAGAAAAGUGACAUUGAUCUGUUGGAGGAGCACAAACAUGAGCUGGAGAGGAUGGCCCGGGCCGAUCGCUUCCUCUUUGAAAUGAGCAGAAUUGACCACUACCAGCAGAGACUGCAGGCUCUGUUCUUCAAGAAGAAGUUUGCAGAGCGUCUGGCGGAAACCAAGCCUAAGGUUGAAGGUAAGGACAAACUCACCAGAGGCCACAAAAACACUUAAAUAAGGCCGGCACUAUUCUAUGUUUCUCUUUUUGUUAACAAAGAAAUUGAUGACAAUAACAAGUAUUGUCUGCUGAAGCCUGAUAUGUCCUGUUCCUCUGUGCCACAGAGCUCCAUUUUUGUCCAGAAACUAUUAAAAAUAGUCACUCACAAUCAAUGAGCCACACUGUUGUUCCUUCAUUAGCAUGAACACACAUAUUUAUUUUGUCUCAAUCCAACAUGUACUGUCCUGCUGCCACAAAUACUCACUAGUGCACCAAAUGGGUAUCAAUCCGUGGCUGAAAAAAGUCCCCAACAAAUGGUGCAAAUUGGGCACAUUACAAUAAUUAACGCCCCCCAAAAUUGUCAUAUAAGCAGGCGGCACCUCCGCUUCUGAUAAGGGAAGCCAAUGCGAAAGCACAUUAAACCUGCAUUCUCUCUACUGGCCAUCGGGGGGCGACUCCUCUGGUUGCAAAAAGAAGUCUGAUUGUGUAGAAGCCUAUGAGAAAUUGACUCUACGAGUUCAUGGUCCUAGUUUGGGGAUGUCCAGAUCCCAUCUCAUCUGUUUAAAACAUUUAGUUGAAUGAUCAGUAUCGGCUAAUGAGCUACACCGAGCCUGAUCCCAUCCCUUGUUUUCACAUCAGCUGUCACACGGAUGUUUUCACUCGCGAAGCAUACAUGUUGAGCUGAUGUGUGUGUAAGAGGCUCAGGAGCUAAACUCGGGGGGAAAAAAGCACCACACACAAUAAACGGCAACAUAUUUUUUUUUAACCUAAUUUAUGUGUAUUCAUUUUAUUUCGUCCCUGAGUGGAAAGUCUGCGGGCAGAGCCCCGCGAGCAAAAGGUCAAUGAGAGGGAUUUAUUAAUGCGACUCACGCAAAAGAUGUAAAUCCGACGGAAAUACACACGUAUACAAGUCGUUCAGGU